ACAAAGAGAGGCAGGUAGGCAGGCGGGGUCUCUUUCUUCUCUCUCUUCCUCUUCGCUCCGGGAACAUGGAAACGGUAGAAACGCCUUCGGUCUCCGUCGCCGUCAAAUCGGAAGACGCUAUUGGCUCAACCGCGGAUAUUUCCCAAUCGCAGCCGCAGCCGCCCUCACGUGAAGUCGAUUCGUUACCAGUAGUUGCUGGAUCCUCCGAUGAUGUUGUUGUCCCGGAGAUAACUUGUUUGACCCCGCUAGAUGAUGAUUUAGACCACGGCGAUCAGGAUCACGGAGAUACCGAUGAUGUUGUUGUUCCAGAGGAUGAGUUGAAGAAGAAGAUCAUUAGACAGGUUGAAUACUACUUUAGUGAUGAGAAUUUGCCAACUGACAAGUUUCUUCUUAAUGCUAUGAAGAAGAACAAGAAAGGCUUUGUUCCCAUAUCUACCCUUGCUACAUUCCAUAAAAUGAAGAAGCUUACACGAGACCAUGCUUUCAUAGUAUCCGCGUUAAAGGAGUCCUCAUUUCUUGUUGUUAGUUCGGAUGAAAAGAAGGUGAAGCGUCUGAGUCCUCUUCCUGAGGUCAGGGAUCCAAAGAUUUUCACUGUUUUGGUAGAAAAUUUGCCAGAGGAUCAUUCAGAAGAGAACAUUCGUGCGAUAUUUAUUAAAGCUGGAAGCAUCAAAAGUGUAUCCAUAUGUGAUCCAAAUGCUGUUGAAGAAUCAGAGAAGGGUUGUAAGAAGGACAAGUUUAUCAGAACCAGGUUACAUGCCUUUGUGGAAUAUGAAACAGUGGAGGCUGCUGAGAAAGCUGCAGCUACACUAAAUAAUGAGCAAGAUUGGAGAAAUGGGCUGCGAGUUAAGCUUCUUGAACAAACAGGAAAGUCUUCACAGAGAAGACCGGGUAGGAAAGAAGUUGAUACAGUGAAGGACAAUACAGGCCAAGUGCAUGAUCAAAUAGGAGGUGAGGAGCACAAAAAGUCAAAUGAACAUCAGCAUCACCGUCAUCAUCAUUCUGAUACUCCGGCUGAUCAUGAUGUUGCCGAUAAAAAUGGGAACAAAACCAGAAGUCGGGGACGGGGAAGGCGACAGAAUCAUCAAGGCGGCAACGGACAUGGAACCUCACCAUCAACCUCAUCAUCCUUCCAUCAUAAUUAUCAUCAUCAUCAUCACGUUGAAGUCUCAAAGCCUCCGCCUGGCCCAAGAAUGCCUGAUGGGACGAGAGGGUUUACUAUGGGACGUGGUAAACAGGUUCCUCCUCCCACAUCUUCUCAAACCAGUCACGAAGUUUGAUGGGUUUCUCUCAUCUCUGUUGUUGUAUCAUUGUUGUGCUUCUUAAAAUGUGAAACAUGUUAUCAUAACUGGGAUGUUGUGUGGGAUUUGAGUUUCUUUUUUGGCAUAUUCAAGUCCUCUGAAUCCUCACUUUGUAUUCUAGCUUUUGUGUGAAGAAUGGAUGCAUUUGAUGACUUCAUGCUAUCUCUCUUCUCUUUAGGAAGGCAAUGGCAACUCUUGCCGGGACAAUGAUAAUAAACAAAUCACGUUCGUUUUUGC